UGUUGUCCUACCCUAUUACCAAUUCAAUCGUCAGAGAUUCAGACACCCGUCCGUCAGAAUCGCCGUUGAAUUUUAUCAUUAUCUCUCCCAAUUACCAAACUACCCCACCGUAAUCUUCGUAUAUCCCUAACAUUUUCCCUCGUUCCGAGUGGCUUUUCAGUCAAACAGCAAAGCUUCCCUCAAAUGUCCAAGUAACUACUCCUCUCUCCCUCUCUUGUAAUUUUUCCUAAAUCCCCUCCGCGCUCUGUUCCCCCACAAGUGCACGAUGCAAUCCACAAAAUCUCGGCGGAAAGUGGCUCCGUCCGCCGCGGAAAGCGCAGACUCGGCUGAAAAACUCGACCAACUGCUCCUCUCCUCGGCCAUCUGCAACGGCGAGGAUGUGGGCCCGUUUGUCCGCAAGGUCUUCACUUCCGGCAAGCCCGAUACGUUGCUCCAGCACCUCCGCCACUUCGCCCGAUCCAAGGAGUCUGAAAUCGAGGAGGUCUGCAAGGCCCACUAUCAAGACUUCAUCCUCGCCGUCGAUGACCUCCGAUCCCUCCUCUCCGACGUCGAUUCCCUCAAGUCUUCUCUCUACGAUUCCAACACCAAGCUUCAGUCGGUCGGCCUCCCUCUUCUCUCCUCCCUCGACGCAUUCGUCGAAGCCCGAAACGUUUCCCGAAACGUCAAUCUCGCGCUCGAAUCGGUUCGAAACUGUAUUCGUUUGAUGGAGCUUUGUUCCCGAUCCAAUUACCAUCUCUCCAGCAGCAACUUCUACAUGGCGCUCAAGUGCGUCGACACCAUCGAGUCCGAGUUCCUAGACAAAACGCCGUCGUCUACGCUCAAGCGGAUGCUGGAGAAGAAGAUUCCAGAGAUUCGGUGGCAUAUCGAACGGAAGGUCAGCAAGGAGUUCGGCGAUUGGCUGGUGGAGAUCCGCGUGGUGAGUCGGAACCUUGGUCAGUUGGCGAUCGGUCAAGCUUCCUCGGCGAGGCAACGAGAGGAGGAUCUGAGAAUCAAGCAACGCCAAGCUGAGGAGCAGAGCCGCCUCAGCCUCAGGGACUGCGUCUACGCUUUGGAAGAAGAAGACGAAGAUGGACUCGGCGGUGGGGUUGGAGAUGAUAUUAACGGUGGAAGUGGAUUUCCGGGGGUUGAUUUGACUCCCUUGUACAGAGCCUAUCAUAUUCACCAGACUCUAGGGCUUGAAGACCGGUUCAAGCAGUAUUACUUCGAGAAUCGAAAGCUUCAGCUCACUUCUGAUUUUCAGGUAUCUUCCAUGACUCCGUUUCUUGAAUCUCAUCAAACUUUCUUUGCGCAAAUAGCCGGAUUUUUUAUUGUUGAGGAUCGGAUUGUGAGGACCGGUGGCGGUUUGAUAUCGAAAUUGGAGGUUGAGAAUUUGUGGGAAACUGCUGUUAGUAAAAUGUGUUCCGUUUUGGAGGAUCAGUUUUCUAGGAUGCAAACGGCCAAUCACUUGUUGUUGAUUAAGGACUAUGUGAGCUUGUUAGGUGUGACUUUGCGUAGGUAUGGAUAUCUGGUUGACCCUUUGCUUGAUGUUCUGAGCAAGCAUAGGGAUAAGUACCAUGAGCUGUUGUUGUCAGAUUGUCGUAAACAGAUUGCUGAGGCACUUUCUGCUGAUAAGUUUGAUCAGAUGUUGAUGAAGAAAGAGUAUGAAUAUUCCAUGAAUGUUCUUUCGUUUCAGAUACAGACCUCUGAUAUCAUACCGGCUUUUCCUUAUGUUGCACCAUUUAGUUCUACGGUGCCUGAUUGUUGCCGCAUUGUACGGUCUUUUAUUGAGGAUUCUGUGAGUUUCAUGUCGUAUGGUGGGCAGCUUGAUUUCUUUGAGGUCGUUAAGAAGUAUUUGGAUCGAUUGUUAAGUGAAGCUUUGGAUGGGGCUCUUUUGAAGCUAAUCAAUGUAUCUAUCCAUGGGGUCUCCCCGGCAAUGCAAGUAGCGGCUAAUAUGGCAGUCAUGGAGCGAGCUUGUGAUUUCUUCUUUCGACAUGCUGCUCAGCUUUCUGGCAUUCCCUUGAGAAUGGUGGAGAGGGGGCGGAGGCAUUUUCCGCUUUGCAAAGCCCGUGAUGCAGCAGAAGAGAUACUCUCUGGGUUGCUUAAACAAAAAGUGGAUGGGUUCAUGAUGUUGAUUGAGAAUGUGAACUGGAUGGCCGAUGAGGCUCUGCCGAAUGGGAAUGAAUAUGUGAAUGAGGUGGUCAUAUAUUUGGAAACCCUGGUUUCCACUGCUCAGCAGAUUUUGCCUCCCCAUGUCCUUAAACGAGUUUUGCAGGAUGUCCUUUCUCACAUAUCAGAGAAAAUAGUUGGGGCUUUACUUGGGGAUGCAGUUAAGAGGUUUACUGUACAUGCAAUUAUGAGCAUUGAUGUGGAUGUUCGGCUGUUGGAAUCUUUUGCAGAUAAUCAAGCUCCUUUACUCUCAGAUGAGGAAGCAAAUCAGUUGAAAACAGCACUUGCUGAGUUGAGGCAAUUAAUUAAUUUACUCUUAAGCAAUCAUCCAGAGAAUUUUCUUAAUCCGGUAAUCAGGGAGAGGAGUUACAAUACCUUGGACUACAGAAAAGUAGUGGCUAUUUCAGAAAAAUUGAGGGAUCCUUCUGAGCGGCUAUUUGGAACUUUUGGGAGCCGGGGAGGCAGGCAGAACCCAAAGAAGAAAUCUCUAGAUGCAUUGAUAAAAAGACUCAAGGAUGUGAAUUGAUUUGUUUACGUAGCUGUAUAUGGCAUAACAUCGAUGGAUGGGUGUUUUGAGGGGUUAGGAGAUCCAGCAAGGGUGAAAACUUUUGUCUCAAGAAAAAUUAUAAUUGGCUGCCUGGUAUGUUUGUAAGUUUCAUGUGCUGAUGACAGGUUUAU